GAGUGUUCACAGACGUAUUUCGGAUCAGUCGAGGCCGACCGUCUGAUACGGUGAAAAGUAUACCUGAAACUGUGCUAAACAGUAUUUACAAAAUCGCUAUGGCACUCCAACGAUUGCAAAUUCAACAUUGUCGAGUGUUUUCAAGUUUAAUUAAUAACCAGCUUAAUCUUCGACGAAAUCAGUCUGUUUUGGCAACACCUGACGAAAAUCCCAGGAUUCUAAUCACCGGUGGACUGGGUCAACUUGGAACUGGAUUGGCUAAAAUCCUACGCGAAAAGUAUGGCAAAGACAACGUCAUCAUGUCCGAUAUUCUUAAACCAUCGAAAGAAGUGGUCGAAGCCGGUCCGUACCUUUUUGCCGACAUCCUUGACUUUAAAUGUCUUCAAGAGAUGGUAGUAAACUAUCGGAUUGAUUGGCUGAUCCAUUUUAGCGCCCUACUGAGCGCCGUUGGGGAGCAGAACGUUCCUUUGGCCAUUCGAGUCAACAUCGAAGGAUUGCACAACGUGAUGGAAUUGGCCAAACAGUAUCGCCUUCGGAUAUUCGUUCCUUCUACCAUAGGCGCAUUCGGUCCCGAAUCACCACGGAAUCCCACGCCAAACUUAACCAUACAAAGACCCAAAACAAUUUACGGCGUUUCAAAAGUUCAUGGCGAAUUACUAGGAGAGUAUUACCAUCACAAAUUUGGUCUCGAUUUCAGAUGUCUCCGUUUUCCUGGAGUUAUCUCCAGCGAUACCAAUCCAGGCGGAGGAACAACUGAUUAUGCCGUUCAGAUAUUUCAUGAUGCCCUCAAAACUCGUCAAUUUCAAUGCUAUUUGAAACCCGACACUCGUCUACCAAUGAUGUACAUCACAGACGCAUUACGGUCGCUCUGUGAAUUCAUGGCCUUGCCUCCGGAAGCACUUAAACAGCGAACGUACAACGUAACAGCAAUGAGUUUCACACCUGAAGAAAUUGUUCGAAGCGUGCAGAGGCACGUACCAGAUCUUAAAGUAUCAUAUGCACCGGAUUCGCGCCAACAGAUCGCGGAUUCAUGGCCUCAGGUGUUUGAUGAUUCAGAGGCUCGCGCUGAAUGGAACUGGAAGCCUCAAUAUGAUAUCGAUGGAAUGGUUGAUAUCAUGGUAAACGCACUCCGGCCAAAGUACCAACUUUGAUGCAAAACGUGUAAUGAAAGAGUCUUACACACUUGCUAGCAGCACCCUCGCAAAA